CUCGUUUGGCGUGCGUGAAAAAGCAAUGGCACUGCUAAGCUUGUAGUUCCUGUACCGCAUGUGGAAUAUGCUGAGCGCGUGAUGUGGGCAAAUCUGAGCGUGCCGGGCCACAGGGUCAAUCGGGUCAGUACAACAGCAGCUGCCGUGCUUGCAGGAGCUUGCAUCGCCUGGAUUGUAGGUUUGUUUCAAUGGGCACCUGCGGUUCUUUUGCCGAGGCUUCGAGUUCGGACAGCUGCAACACCCCGAAGUUCGCCGACGGAUGGGAUCAAUAUAGACAAGCUUGCACUGUUAGCGAAAGACUUCGAUACGAGGUACGUCCAAACAGGAAGAGUGAAGGGUGGUUUACUUGCAGUUGUACAUUGCGGAAAGAUUGUCGGAGUUUGGGAGAUGGGCAAGUACAGCUGCGAUACAGUCUUCAAAUUUUUCUCCAUCUCAAAGGUCUUCACAGCAAUCGCAGGACUCCAGCUUUGCGAGGAGAAGGGCAUCUCGCUAGAGACUCCAAUUAGCGCCUUGGUGCCUGAAUGGCCAGCAAAGUUGCGUGACGAGUCAGGGAAGGUCUUGCCACCGCUCUUACUGAAGCACUGCCUAACUCACACCGGCGGCUUUUCCAAAGCGCUGCCGACGGUUCAUCCGUUGCCCUCGCUUCGGGAGGCUGAGCUGCAGAGGAUCAAAGAUCAGAUCCGUGGGCAGGGACGAACCCCACAGACACUGAGAGAAGCAGUGGAACUGGAGGGCCAACGCCCCCAAAUUUUCUCACCAGGAAGGCACUUUAACUACUGCGGUGUGGGCAGCCAGUUGGUAGCACGUGCCGUAGAAGAAGCAUUUGGCAUGAACAUUGCAGAGUACAUGCAGCAGCGCAUUUUCAAGCCCGCUUCCAUGGACAAUAUGGGUUUUGUGAUCGACGAGCUGCUCUCGAAGAAUUGUGUUUCAACAGAUUACCACCCAUGGGUUCUUCCAGCGGUGGCAGCCACUAUUCCAAGCAGAUGGAGACGAAUGAGGCUUCGGAUCACGGGAUUGUGGUGCCAGCUGUGCGGUCAGAAACUGGUGGACAACAUCAAACCUGCUGGAAGCGGCGUCAUUCUUCCCACAAAGCUUUGGGAUAGGUCGCUAAAGUUCUUCCAUCCGGACGCUGGGCUCGUAGGCACAGGGGCCGAUUUUGUUAAGUGGUUGCAGGUCAUGACUGGCAAUGGCGAGCAGGCUGAGGCAGAUCGUUGCCAGAAGGUGCUUAGCCAGUUCGUUCUGGACUCGCUUGCAACCCCCAUAACUCCAGAGCUGCAGCCUCCCUUUGCCUUGGACGCUCCACUCACAUCCAACCGGCUUUUCCCUGUUCGAGGUGAUCCCGUGCAAAGAUCACACCGACCCUUCAACAGCUUUCCUGGACAACAGUUUUCGCUGGGUGGGUGCGUGAUUACAAACCCAGAGAAGAUCGGAUUGCCAAAAAGAGCGGAAGGAACGUGGCAUUGGAUGGGAUUUGCCUCGACCUAUUUCUUCGUCAAUCCGCGCGAAAAGUUGUCGGCGUGUUUUCUGACUCAGUUGGUCUCGCACAGGACAUACCCCAUCUUGGACGAAUUAGUAACCGGCGUUCACGAAUCCUUGACUUGAAGCUGGAGCGGAGAAAAG